AGGACUGGAGCUGUGACCACUGCACUGGAGAGAAGACAGAGAAACAGGACAGAGGACCCAGGCUGCAGCCAGCCGAGGAAAGAGCUAGCCUGCCCCCUAACAGACUAGCCAGCCUGGAAACAGCUGUAAAGCGGAGAAGAGCCCACCCUAGUCUGCCCCAUUUCCCACCCCCACACCCCGCGUGGGAUUUGUGGGACUCUUGGAGCAGACCUCUAGACAGCUUCCCUUCUGGGCAGAGUGUGAAAUUCAGGAACUGAGGCCCCUGCUCUCCCACUUCUCGGGCCAGAGCUCCAGUGACCCAUUUGGGGGUCCAGCUCCGUGGAGAUGCCAGCAGCUCGCCGGUUCCCUGGCCUAGAGCUCUCCUUUCCUCUCCUGGCCAGACUGCGGCGGCGACUCUACACAAGACUGGGGAGCAGCAGCAUGCAACCGGAGGAGGGCACAGGCUGGCUGCUGGAGCUGCUGUCUGAGGUGCAGCUACAGCAGUACUUCCUGCGGCUCCGAGACGACCUCAAUGUUACUCGCCUGUCCCACUUUGAGUAUGUCAAGAAUGAAGACCUGGAGAAGAUUGGCAUGGGCCGGCCUGGCCAGCGGAGACUGUGGGAGGCUGUGAAGAGGAGAAAGGCCAUGUGCAAACGCAAAUCCUGGAUGAGCAAGGUGUUCAGUGGAAAGCGGCUAGAAGCUGAGUUCCCCGCUCAUCACUCUCAAAGCACCUUCCGGAAGACCUCACCUACCCCAGGGGGCCCAACAGGAGAGGGGGCCCUGCAGAGCCUCACCUGCCUCAUCGGGGAGAAGGACCUGCAUCUCUUCGAGAAACUGGGAGAUGGCUCCUUUGGCGUGGUGCGCAGGGGAGAGUGGGAUGCCCCCUCGGGGAAGACGGUGAGUGUAGCUGUGAAGUGUCUAAAGCCUGAUGUGCUGAGCCAGCCAGAAGCCAUGGACGACUUCAUCCGGGAGGUCAACGCCAUGCACUCGCUUGACCACCGAAACCUCAUUCGACUCUAUGGUGUGGUGCUCACUCCUCCCAUGAAGAUGGUGACAGAGCUGGCACCUCUGGGAUCAUUGUUGGACCGGCUGCGCAAGCACCAGGGUCACUUCCUCUUGGGUACUCUGAGCCGCUACGCUGUGCAGGUGGCUGAGGGCAUGGGCUACCUGGAGUCCAAGCGCUUUAUUCAUCGUGAUCUGGCUGCCCGAAAUCUGCUGUUGGCCACCCGUGACCUGGUCAAGAUCGGGGACUUUGGGCUGAUGCGCGCACUACCCCAGAAUGAUGACCACUACGUCAUGCAGGAGCAUCGCAAGGUGCCCUUUGCCUGGUGUGCCCCUGAGAGCCUGAAGACGCGUACCUUCUCCCAUGCCAGUGACACCUGGAUGUUUGGAGUAACGUUGUGGGAGAUGUUCACCUAUGGCCAGGAGCCCUGGAUUGGCCUCAAUGGCAGUCAGAUCCUACAUAAGAUUGACAAGGAGGGUGAGCGCCUGCCCCGGCCUGAGGACUGCCCCCAGGAUAUCUAUAAUGUCAUGGUCCAGUGCUGGGCUCACAAGCCUGAAGACAGACCCACCUUCGUGGCCCUGCGGGACUUCCUGCUGGAGGCCCAGCCCACUGACAUGCGGGCCCUUCAGGACUUUGAGGAACCAGACAAGCUGCACAUCCAGAUGAACGAUGUCAUCACAGUCAUUGAGGGGAGGGCCGAGAAUUACUGGUGGCGCGGGCAGAACACACGGACACUCUGUGUCGGGCCCUUCCCUCGCAACGUGGUGACCUCCGUGGCUGGCCUCUCAGCCCAGGACAUCAGCCAGCCCCUGCAGAAUAGCUUCAUCCACACAGGGCAUGGCGACAGCGACCCCCGCCACUGCUGGGGCUUCCCUGACAAGAUUGACGAGUUGUAUCUGGGAAACCCCAUGGACCCUCCUGACCUGUUGAGUGUGGAGCUGAGCACUUCCCGACCUGCCCUACAUCUAGGAAGGGUGAAAAGGGAGCCUCCACCUCGCCCACCUCAGCCUGCCAUCUUCACUCAGAAACCAACUUACGAUCCUGUGAGUGAGGACCAAGACCCCCUGUCCAGUGACUUCAAGAGGUUGGGUCUGCGGAAGCCCAGCCUGCCCCGAGGGCUGUGGCUAGCGAAGCCCUCCGCCCGGGUUCCAGGCACCAAGGCCGGCCGGGGCAGCGGGGGCGAAGUCACCCUCAUUGACUUCGGGGAGGAGCCUGUGGUCCUGGCCCCGCGACCCUCUGCACCCUCGCUGGCACAGCUGGCCAUGGAUGCCUGCUCCUUGCUGGACAAGACCCCUCCGCAGAGCCCCACACGGGCACUGCCCCGGCCCCUGCACCCCACACCUGUGGUGGACUGGGAUGCACGUCCACUGCCCCCGCCUCCUGCCUAUGAUGAUGUGGCCCAAGAUGAGGAUGACUUUGAGGUGUGCUCCAUCAACAGCACCCUCGUGGGCACAGGAGUCUCUACCGGGCACAGCCAAGGCGAGACCAAUUACGCCUUUGUGCCUGAACAGGCACAGCUCCUCCUCCCGCUGGAGGACAAUCUGUUCCUCCCACCCCAGGGGGGAGGCAAACCUCCCAACUCAGCACAGACCGCUGAGAUCUUCCAGGCACUGCAGCAGGAGUGCAUGCGGCAGCUUCAGGUCCCGGCUGGUUCGCUGGUUCCCUCACCCAGCCCUGGGGGUGACGACAAACCCCAGGUGCCCCCCCGGGUGCCCAUCCCACCCCGGCCCACGCGCCCACGUGGUGAGCUGUCUCCAGCCCCCUCAGGUGAGGAGGAGAUGGCUCGAUGGCCUGGACCUGCCUCCCCUCCCCGGGUGCCUCCCCGGGAGCCCUUGUCCCCUCAAGGCUCGAGGACCCCCAGCCCCCUGGUGCCACCUGGCAGCUCCCCUCUGCCACAUCGACUCUCAAGCUCACCUGGGAAGACCAUGCCUACCACCCAAAGCUUUGCAUCAGACCCCAAAUACGCCACCCCCCAGGUGAUCCAGGCACCUGGCCCACGGGCUGGUCCUUGCAUCCUGCCCAUUGUCCGAGAUGGCAAGAAAGUCAGUAACACCCACUAUUAUCUGCUGCCUGAACGUCCACCGUACCUGGAACGUUACCAGCGCUUCCUGCGUGAGGCCCAGAGCCCUGAAGAGACAACCUCCCUGCCUGUGCCACUGCUGCUGCCCCCACCCAGCACCCCAGCUCCUGCCGCCCCCACUGCUACUGUUCGACCGAUGCCCCAGACUGCCCCAGACCCCAAGGCGAACUUCUCUACCAACAACAGCAACCCAGGGUUCCGGCCACCAGCUGUGAGGUCCACUGCUCGACUGCCACUGAGGGGCUGUCCUGGGGAUGGGCUAGAGGCUGGACGGCCAGCAGAUAAGAUCCAGAUGCUACAGGCCAUGGUGCAUGGGGUGACCACAGAGGAGUGCCAGGCGGCCCUGCAGAGCCACAGCUGGAGCAUACAGAGGGCUGCCCAGUAUCUGAAGGCGCUGAGCUGUCUGGAGAGCCAAGGGUCUGCCCUGAAGGAAUCAUUUGAGCCUGUCCAUCUGACAAGGGUGGGGAGAUGUCCUGCCCAGGUCUGGAGGACCUGCUGCCACCUGCUGCUUCCAGUGGCAGAAUGAGGUCAAGGCAGCAGGAGGGGGAGCCCCGCCUUGCCUGUCCCUUCCUCAGCCAGCGCCAUCCCUGCAACUAUGGUUCAGCCCUUGGUGCCCUCAGCCAAGGUGCAGGAAGGAGCCGCGUGACGGCAGGCCUGGGAGCUGCCUCAUUAGGCCCUGUGGCUGACCUGCCUCUCGCUCUAGUCCCUGGUGGGUUCUGUGGCUAGAGUGUGUCCCCAGGUCCUGCAACAGGGAAGCCGGACAGAGAGGAUGUGUUGGCAACACAAAAAGAUGGGCCAGCACCCAGGGGCUCCCUAGGGCUGGGCCCUUCUCCAUGGAGCCCCUGAUGGGCUGUUGGGGUGUUGGACAGACUGUGACUUGUGGCCAUGCCGUGGACAUGUUAUGGGAUAUGGCUGGUCUUAAGAUGUUGUGCCUGGAAAUAGCCUGAGGUGGUUUAGGAGACAGAGCAAGGGGGUCAGAUCAUUCUCUGGCAGGGACCAGGGCCCAAGGCCCCAGAGUUGGAAGGAGACCGAGGGACACCAAUGCUUCCCCUGUGCUGUUCGGUGUUUUCCCACCAGCCUCUGUCGCCACAGCUGCUGCCCCAGCUAUGGAUACCUGCUUCUUCCAGAGAAAUAAAGCUAGUUUUUAUUUUAUGUUACUUACUUGUGCCUGCCUGUUUCUUCGCCUCUUGGUCAGCAGCCUGGGGACCCAAAACUCCCAACCCACCCAGUCUCUUAGCACCAUCUGUGGGCAGAGGGAGGAAGUGCUGGCCUGGAGAUGCUUCCCAGGACCUGAAGAGGAACAGGGCCCACACCUACCUGGGUGAAAUCACUGCCUCAAAGCCCCACUUUCUGAUCUGUAGGGUUUCCUAAGGCAGCGUGUACUGCAGGGCAGGGCACAGUAAUUCAGCUGGAGCUAGGCCAGAAAGUUUAGUAGCA